AUGGGAAAUAUUCGUAAUCGAGUUAUUAAAAGAGCAGCUAGACAGAUUGUUGAAAAACACUUUUUAAGUCUUGAUAAGACAUUUGAAGAUAACUUACUAGUUGUACAAGAUGUAGCACUUGUUCAAUCUAAAAAAGUAAGAAACCAGAUUGCUGGAUAUGUAACUCACUUGUACAAGUGCAUUCUUAAAGGAACAGCUAAGAAGUUAUACAUUAAGAGCCAUGAAGAUGAAAGAGAAAAAAAAGAAAAUGUCAUGCCUAAAGACUCAAUUAUGGAUUGCGAUACCAUAGAAGUAGAUGCUGUUACUAUGGACAUGCUUAAUAAAAAUGAGUAUAGGGGAAAUUUCAAGCUUAUAACUUAUUAA